UACGAACAUAUAAAGUGUAUUUUUUUAAGUGGGAUAUAUAAGAAUAUGGAUCGUCCCUUUAAUUUGUUGUUUUACAAUGCCAUUUGCCGAUUCAUCAGAAUGAAGCAACCAAUAUCUGUUACUGUAAGGCACAAGAGUACCAGCAAAACCAACAAAGUGAACGUAGUGCGCCAGAGCAAGAUAUUUAACUCUUUAGUUGGAAACCGGCGCGAAGGUAACACGCGCUGGUACCCCUCCCACGAUGUGAACACCAAGAGUCGUCCGUCCAGCUUUCAGCAAUCGGCAUCCAACUCCAUUCGUGCUCCAAAAUUCGGAGGAAUGUCUCAUUCACGUGCCCAUCUGGACAGUCGCAGAAUGUCCGUGCUAAACAAGAUGUUCAUGACGACCAUAACCGAUUUUUUGGCAACCGGAGAUGGUGAUGCUGCCCGCUCUAUUGUCGGCCGAGGUCUGCAAGUUUCCCAUGUAAAGAUCACAAGCGAUUUCUCGCAAAUCAAUGUGUACUGGUCUUGUGGAUCGUCGGCUGAGAAAGCUAACCCAAUGCUCGAGGAGGAAUUAAGCCGCUGCAGUGGCCAGCUGCAGCAUGAACUUUCCCAGCUGAAACUAAUGGGUGAAGUUCCCCGGAUUAAGUUCGUUCGGGACAAAACGAGCGCGAAUCUAUGCCAGGUGCAGGAAAUCCUGGCCCGGCUCGGUCCAUUUGAAUAUGUGCCUUCGCAAAACGAUUCAAUUGAGAGAAAAGUGAACAAUCCAUCCAUAGAACCUUCUUCCCACGCAGACAGUUGGCCGCAGAUGAGACAAGAUGUUGUAAAUUUUAACCAAAGCAUAGUAAUGGACAAGAUACUCAAUAAGAUGCAUAAAUUUAAAGAUGCCUGGGUCUCUCAUAUGAGGAUGUUGUCCAAUUCAAACGAUUCGGCAUAAAAAACGUUACUAAUUAAUCCACCUACAAACGCAUAGUGCAUUCAAUACUAUGGCAUAGUAAUAAAUGGUUAAAUAUUUAACAAUAUUGUACAAGUUUA